AUGGACGAUAGAGAUCUUCUUAUUCCUAUCGAGGAACAUCCCGAUGAUGAUGAUGGACACACUACUCAACUGUUUCAGGCUGGUUCUUCCUCAACGCCUGGCCCUAUCCCAAGUGAACAACAAUGAUGAAUAAGCUGCCAGAAUGAGGGCACAUUCAAGAAACAUCUUUGAUCAAAGGCAUUCCCCGAGGAAGGGUUAUUACGGCUGAAGAUCAAAAAAUAAUCAGGACACAGUCCAGGCUGGAAGACCUUUACCCUGAUUAUGACUCUGAAGGGCAAAUGGGGCGAAAUUCCAAGAUAAGGUACCCCUGGAAAAUCCUGGCCAUUGGCUGAAAGUGCGGUGAAUCUCUGAUUUUCAACGAAGAUAUGUCAGUGAGAGAAAGCUUGCCAAAGUUUGUCAAAGACACUCCCAGUCAGUCAAGACAAGAGCUUAUUGCCCAAAAUCGAGAGGAGAUCGACAGGCACAAUGCAGAAAUUGUGGCAAAUGAAGAAACUGCAAACAAUGAAAAUGAACAACUGGAAGAAAGGGUGAGAGUACGUGAAAAAGUAUGUCAUUGUUCAGCCCAAGCUUCAUGUUUGGCGUUGCCUAAUUGAGGAGGUUGUUGUAGGCAACUGUUCUCUCUGUGUUAAUCACCAUUCGAGAGGGAACCAGCUAUGCUCUAGGCACAGCUGCUAAAUCAAGACACACCUUUGCUUUGUCUACAGCCUGCUAGUAAUGCUGCACACUUUUGGCGAAGUCUGGCUGCUUGAUGGCAUCCUCCAACAACACAAUAAACUCGCUCUGCACUUCUUUUGCCCUGCCUGCAUCACUGAGAAUGUUGCUUCGCACAUUAUCUUGGGCCCUGAGAAUACAGUACACGAAGGCCUUGAUUGACUGAUUCAAAUGUGACAGUCAUGCCUGGGUGAGCCUGUUUGCCUUGUCAAGCACAAACCAAUUGAACUGCCUAUCGGUGCCCUGCUCGUUUCUGAUGAAUCCAAGAAUGUUUCUUUUGUCCUUUCCAGGCCCUGCCCUCAACUGCAAAACACUGACUCAAAGAGUUUGAUAACGUGGCUGGCAGAUAGGUCCACUACUUAAAUGGCCAAGAACUUCUGUCAUUGUAAAUAAACAUAACCAAGGCCAUGAUUUUGUCCGUGUAUGAAACAGAAAUCUGCCGUUGGCCCUACUUCGAACUCGGUGCGAAUUCAAAUGUAUAGCGUAAUGUCAUAUUUGUUGUUCAUUUGGUUAAAUGUCAGGUCUCCCAGCAAAGCACUCAUGCUUUGGAUUGCACAGCUGGUAAAGAAUUUCGCCUUACUAUGAAGUAAACAAGGAACUGAAAGAAUUCUCUUAGCUGAGAACUCAGAUGCAUUCCACCACCAACAAAAUGUCUUGUGAAAUACCACAGCCCGUGGUUGCACACCAUAUCGCAAAAUAACAACAACAACAACAACAACAACAAGUUUAUUUCAAAGUAAAUAUAGCUUACAAAGCUUGUGCCCGCAAUCAGCAACAGCUAUUCGAGGCAGGUACAAGAGAAAAAAAGAAAAUUCUACAAAUAUAUAUAUAUUUAACAUUUAUUUUUAACAUAUAUUUUUUGCCUCUGGUUAAACAGCCCGCCAGCACUUGCAACAGUGUUUGAAAAAGAAAAACAAUAUUUCCCCCUUCUGCUUGAAUUGUGCAAAGGAGAAAUCCAAAUGUUUUUUCCAUAAUUAUCAAUUAUGUCGCGUUUGUGACAAGAAAAUGCAAUAUUGCCCCUUCUGAAGUUGAAAUGUUUUGCACAAAAUGCGGCUUGAACAAAGAGGAUGUUCUUUUCACAAUCCUUCAUAAGUAAAACUGAUUAAAAAAAGAUUAUUAAUUGCUCAAAAGGAUCAAGCAUUUUUUACAAUGCAAAAGUUUUAAUUUUGACGUGAUGUUUAUUUCACAGGUUUUUCUUGUUUACAAUGCUUAGAAUGAAUUUGUUGAUUCUGACAUUUCAAUAAUUAAAGAUUUUGUGACAUCUGGCAAAACAACCAAAAGGGAUUUUCUUUGGUGCUCUUUUCUAAAACAUCAUAACCUGCUCAAUUAAAAUUACAAGUCAAAUUUCCACAUUGUGACAUUGCAUUACAUCUCUGUCAUGACUGUCACACGUGAUGUUGCCUGAGACGUCACAAAAAAUAACAAAACCCUUAUCGAGGGAUGCUCAGUGGCAGUUGUUCCACUUUAGCAUCAGGGACCGAGGUUGUUCUCUGAAGAGAUCUAGGCUGCUGACAAGGCAGCUGUCUCCCAGUUAUGCUUUGGGACAGAGUUGAGUUCUCCAAAGAGAACUCUGAGAACCCCCCUGUUUCCACUAGGGCCGGGAGUGGACUGGAUCACUUCCCCUAUACCCCCGUAGUUCACCAUCUGCACGUGUCCUCAAGCUGGGAGAGUUGGCCAGCUCGCCCCACCUAGACACCACCACAAUUUGUGAACUAAACUUUACAAGAAUCAAACGACCUAUAUAUAUUGAUCGAAACUCAUUGCGCUCACUUAUGGUACAGUUGUUCACAUAUGCAUGCGCUUUUGGCCAGAAAAAAAUUUAGAAUUUUUCUGUGAUUAAAAAAAAAAACACAUCCCAUUCACUCAGCCUAGUGCCUCACGGCCAAAACUAUGAAAAAAAUGGCGGCUGUUGCUAAAAGUAAUUUUGCUUCAAAAAAUGUACAAAAACGCAUAAUCCGGUCAAAAAAUAUGCUCAAUAAGGAGACAGCCUCCAUUUGCGAUGCCACAGAAACAACCAGUGCAGUGCAGUGAUGUGAAGGUAUGUGAUGAAGAACAGUGGAACGCUGUUAAUAAGGUCACUAAUGGGCCAAAAAAUUUGGCCGUAUUAACCGGUGACCGUAUUAACAAAGGUAUUUUUAAGAGAAAAUGUAUGGCCGUUUUGCAAGGUGGCCAAAAUAAAGCGGCCGACAAAAUGAGGUGACCGUAUUACUGAGGUGGCUGCAAAACGGGGCUUCUAAAAAUCUGUUCGCUGUGGCCACCUUGGCAAGCGACCAUAUCAACCAUCGAGAAGUUUCUCGGCACAUUUUCUGUUUCUCUUGGGUGCCGAGUCUCUUGCACAUCUUCUAGCUUGUCUUGUCUAUGUGUUUGUUCCAGGUGAGGCUGCUGUCAAGAUGGAUUCCGAGCAAUUUGGUGCUGCUGACUGUCUUUAUAACUUGACCCUGGAUGGUAAUCUUAGAGCCUGCUUGUUCUUGGCAAGUGAUCUUUUUUUAUGA